AUGUAUUUUUUUUCAAUUUGUGUUUUUCUGUUUUUAAAUUCUUUGUUUUUGUUCAAUUUCUUGUUUUCCUAUUUUUUUGCUUUUGUUCAGAUAGGUAUUGCACCUUUUCAGGAGAUCAACCGCAAUUCAAAUGCUAUUUGGAGCAAUUACCUGCUGAAUUUGAACGAAGGUUCGCAAGAGAUCGAGUUCCUUCUUGUGGAUUUUAUUGGAUUAGGAGGUACGGUGUGUCAACUCGGAAGAUUUUGUUCCAAAACUACACCAAGGAGGACAAAUGGAGAUGUUUGCUGAACAAAUCAACAUCCAACAAUUGUUGUGGAGAAUUUGGCUAGAACUGUAUUUGGCAGAGAAUAUAUUGUAGAGAAUAUCAAUUAAAAUGGUAGAAAGAAUGAUUACAAUCGAUAUAGAAAGUAAAAUCAAAUCUAUAAUUUAUCAAUCAUAUCAUCUAAAUAUCUAUAAUAAUAAAUCCUACAUAUCACAAAAUAAAUACACAAUUUCUCAUUAUCAAAAUCUAAAAAAUUCUUGUUUUAAAUCGCGCUCCUCAUCUUUCCAAGGCAUUAUUUUAAUUGUGGUAAUGUACAAUCUUUGUUGCUUUUGCUGUGGUUGUAGACUUUCUUUUUCUAUCAAUCCAUCGCUUUUUAGGCUUCUAAAAACGACAAGAAGUUU